AUGCUCUCAGAUGACCCUCACAUGGAAGUGAGGAGAAUGAAACGUGAUUGGCAAGGACUUGUGCAGCUGGAAACCAGCACUGCAGAGCAGGCUUCUCAAUUGGCUAAAGAUCUCAGGAUCACUUUGCCCAGUCCAAUGCGUUUGGUCAUGUUGACAUUUGAAUCUGUGGGAUGGCAAGUUGAUGACCCACGUGCUUCAGGAGCCAUUCGAAUGUUGGGGUGCAUGUUGAAGCGCCUUCCUGAUUCUAAGCUGAUUGAAGACUACCAUCAGAGGCUGAAAGCCAAACAGCGUUAUGGUGCUCAUCAUCAAAAGAGGCGCUUGUCAUCAUUCCAACACAUUCAGAAUUUCUCAGAUGAAUUGCUUGCUGCCCGUGAUGUUGUUCACCCAACAAUUACUGAAGGGAUCUUCAGAACCAAAUACCGCCAGACCAACAGCAAGAGCUUUAGUGAGGCCAAGCACAUGAACUCAAGGAGGCACAAGCUUGCCAAAGACUUCCAGGCCAUCAUGAGUCCCAAUCGUGAUUGGUCUACAUUGACGGCUGCUUUGCUGAAUGUUCUAUGCCAGGAAGGCUUGGUCAUCAAGAAGAUUGGAGCUGAAGUCCCGGUUUUGGUGCUGGCCCAACACUGCUGGGCCACUUUGACAUGGCCAUUGGCGAUGGGGCAUCAGACUGGUUGUGGGGAGCAGCACUUCUCUUUGGUACCAGAUGGAGCAGUCCAGUGGCUUUAUUGUUACAACGCAGAGGACUACCUUGUGUUGCCUGUCAAGGCUCGUUGGGGAGACCAAGGUAUCUUCAUUGCUACAGCUGGAACGGAACAGCCCUUGCUGACUUAUGCCCUCCUUUACUUGCAAGACCGCUUCACACUCAGCAAUCUUCACUCAGUUGGCCAGAUUCUUGGAGUUAUCGAACCUGGGAAGAAGCCAACAAAAAAGAAGACACUGGAAGCAUUGGCUACACAUGUGGGAGAUUGCAACUUCAUCGAACAAGUUCUUCAUCGGGCUGAGUGUGGCAAGCAGAAGGAGGACCAUAUCGCGUUUGAAGGUGAAGCAGACAUGCUGAGCUGUUUGUUAGAGCAGUUGGAUAAGGACGAGCAGGAAAGAGUACAAGAGUCUGAAAAAGAAGUCAACUGA